AUGAUACAUUGGAUUCAGAAGCGAGGCAAGGAGGCAAUUGUGUUGUCGACUGAUGCGGAGAAGGCCUUUGACAGGGUCACAUGGGACUUCAUGUUUGAGGUUCACAGGCAUAUGGGCUUAGGUCAGCGUAUGAUGGGUUGGUUACUUACCACCAAGGGCAUCACCAGGCCAGGUGUCAUCCAGUGCAGCUGCCAGAUGUUUUCAUUACACACAUCUGGAUUACGGUUCCUUUUCUACUUCAUACUUUUAUUUUUGAGAUUGCUAGCAGCCAGUUGGUACCCAAAAAGUUUACCUUGUAAUGUGUUCCAAGAUGGCACUGCUGUUAUUGUAGAGUGCACUAAUCGUAGCCUUACGGCAAUCCCACCACAAAUACCUAGAAAUACCACCAAUUUGACAUUGAAUAUCAAUCAUAUCGAAGAAAUCACGCCAGAUUCAUUUUCCCACUUUAGCAACCUGGUUGAAAUUGGAUUUAAAUGUAACUGUAUACCCAUAAAAUUAGGUCCUAAGGACCUCAUUUGCAACCAGAAACUCUCCAUUGAGGAUGGCAGUUUUGCUUCACUACUUAAAUUGCGCUCACUUUUUUUGGAUGGUAAUCAACUUUCACAAUUUCCAAGAGGCCUACCACCAUACCUACGACUUCUGAGUUUAGAAGCUAAUACCAUUAUUUCAAUUAAGAAGAACAACCUAUCUGAAAUACACAAUAUUGAGAUGUUAUACUUAGGACAGAAUUGCUACUACAGGAAUCCAUGUAACGUCAGUUUUCUAAUUGAAAGAGAAGCAUUCAAGGAUUUAACCCAAUUAACACUUUUAUCCCUGAAAGGAAAUAAUCUGUCGUAUGUGCCUGGAAGUUUUCCAGUCAGUCUCAAGGAACUAUACAUCUAUAAUAACAGAAUAGAGUAUAUUCAAGAAUAUGAUUUUCAGAACUUGACCAACUUAGAAGUUCUAGACCUAAGUGGAAAUUGCCCUCGAUGUUACAAUACUCCAUAUCCUUGUAUUCCAUGCUCAAACAAUGCUCCGAUCUUUAUUCAUGAGAAAGCAUUUGAUUCACUACAAAGCUUACACACUCUUCGUUUGCAAAGUAACUCUCUUCGCAAUAUCCCAGGUAGAUGGUUUCAAAACAUUCAAAAUCUUCAAGUACUCGACCUCUCUCAAAAUUUUCUAGCUCAUGAAAUUAGGGAAGCAACAUUUUUGAUGCAUGUACCAACACUGAAAACAUUAGAUUUUUCAUUCAACUAUGAGCCUCAGCAAUAUCAACUGGAUCUGCAGUUACCCAAAAUAUUUUCCAGUUUAAAAUCUUUGGAAACUUUGAGAAUCCGUGGGUAUGUUUUUCAAGAACUGAAGAAAAAAAACCUUGAGCCAUUGGUGGAUUUAAAAAAUCUUACUGUUUUGGAUCUUGGCACAAAUUUUAUCAAAGUGGCAGACUUUAGCUUGUUUCAGAAUUUUAGUUCACUAAAAACAAUAGCACUUGCUAAUAAUAAAAUAUCCCCUGCAGAUAACCCGGCUGUUUCCUCCUGCUCAAAUUUCAAAUCAUCUUCUACACAAUAUAAUUAUGCACCAUUUCGAGAUGUCCAUUAUUUCAAUUAUGAUGAUCAAGCACAUCACUGUAAACUCAAUGUGAAUGAGGAAUCAAGAUCUCAGAAAUUUGCUACUGAAAACUGUCAAGAAUAUGGUCAAAUGUUAGACUUAAGCCAAAACAAUAUUUUUUUCAUCAGAACUAGUGACUUUAAAGAUCUUAGCUUUAUAAAAUGCCUCAAUAUGUCAGGUAAUGUAAUUAGUCAGGCACUGAAUGGAACAGAGUUUGCAAGCUUAAAACACUUAAAAUAUUUAGAUUUUUCUAACAAUCGCCUUGAUCUUCUCCUUUCAAGUGCAUUUGAGGAACUUCAAGAAUUGGAGAUCUUAGAUCUUAGCUCCAACCAACAUUAUUUCCUAGCUGAAGGGAUAACACAUAUGCUAAAAUUCACAGCCAACCUACGACACCUAAAGAAGCUAAUGAUGAACUGGAAUGAAAUAUCAACUUCAACCAGCUAUGAAAUGGUGAGUCAGUCAAUUGAAAUCCUGGAAUUCAAAGGAAACCGCUUAGAUAUUUUAUGGAGAGAUGGAGAUACAAGAUACACAAAUUUCUUUAAAAAUGUAACAGCAUUGCUUACAUUAGACAUUUCCUAUAAUGCGCUAACAUUUAUUCCUUCUAAAGUAUUUGAAGGUUUGCCUGCUAAUCUUAGUAGACUUUUUCUGGCUAAUAACAAUUUUAAGAUUUUCAGCUGGGAAAUGCUAUGUCAGUUAGGAAAACUUAAAGUUUUAGAUCUCAGCAACAAUCAUUUGACUGCUGUGCCAUUUGAACCAACUAACUGCACUCAUUCUAUUCAAGCACUGAUAUUAAGCAAUAACAAAAUAAAAAAUAUAACUCCAAACUUUCUCAGAAAUGCAGUAAGCCUGAAAUAUCUGGAUUUAAGUUUCAACAAAAUCAGUUUUAUUGGCAAAUCCAGUUUUCCUGAUAACAUUCUUUCAAACUUAGAGAUACUUGUUAUACAAGGUAACCCAUUUAAAUGUAACUGUGAUCUUGUGUGGUUUGUUUCUUGGAUAAACAGCACAAAUGUUAUAAUUCCAUUUCUGGUACCUGAUGUGUCAUGUGCUGGACCUGGAGCACACAGAGGAAAGAGUCUAAUAUUCCUGGAUCUAUAUACCUGUGGAGUAGAACAUUGGAAUUUGCUUUUGUUUUCAUGUUCAUCUUCACUGGUUAUCUGCUUACUGGUGGUCUGCACUUCAAGUCACCUUUUCUAUUGGGAUUUUUGGUACACCUAUCAAUUACUGAAAGCCAAGAUAAAAGGAUAUCGGAAACUGCCAAACUUUUGUUACGAUGCUUUUAUUGUAUAUGAUAGCACAGAUUAUGCCGUAUCAGACUGGAUUUUUAAUGAGUUAAUUAUAACUCUUGAAAAACAGGGAGAAAAGAUGUUUAACCUGUGCUUAGAAGAAAGAGACUGGCUGCCUGGAAAACCGUUUUUGGAUAAUCUUUCAGAAAGUAUCCAGCUCAGUAGAAAAACUGUGUUUGUGCUUACAGAUAAGUAUAUCACAAGUGGACAUUUUAAGACAGCCUUCUACAUAGCACACCAACGCCUUAUUGAUGAAAAAGUUGAUGUCAUCAUUUUUAUAUUGCUUGAGAAAACGUUACAUAAAUCCAGGUACCUUCGACUGAGGAAGAGGCUCUGUGGCAACUCUGUUUUAUACUGGCCUACUAAUUCUAACACCCACAAUUAUUUUUGGAACUGUUUAAAAAAUGUAUUAAGAACAGAUAACAAAAUGGCAUAUGACAGACUUUUUAAAGAUAAUAUAUAA